UCCCCCAUAAAAUCUCUGGGUAGAAUUUUCUUGCGUUCUUUAUUAUCUUUCUUCCCGCCUUCUCUACGUGGCACUGCGAUACCCAUCAGGAUUCUGCCACCACCACCACCACCACCAACGUACACGUUGCCAAUCCUGCCUCUCUCCCGCCACGUCCAGAAUGAACUGUCAAACCCAGAAGGCUCUUGUCUUUCAUGGAAUCAUCCUCAUGGAGCCCACUCUCUCUCCUCAUUGCCAAAUGCCGUUCACCUUCAUCUCCACACUGCUACUCCUCUGCUGCAGCCAUGGCGAUUUCUUCACCCGAAGCCACCAAUUCCUCUAUGACCCAAAAUUCAGAAGAAACUUUAUUAUCUCGUCCAUUUGAUCUCCAAAAACUUCCCCAUGUAACAGACUACUUACCAGACCUCAAAUCUUACAUCAACCCAUUAGAUAACAACUCUUUCUACCACCCAUCUGACGGCUUCUACCUCACCCAAUCAGACAUCAUCCUCCGCCAGACUAUCAUCGACCUUUCUGGCAGCUUCUCUUCUUCCGCUUCCCAGCUUGCCUACCAUCGGGCCGGUCCACGGAAACAAAUCUUUUUUGAUCCCAGUAGUACUCGAGCAGCCAUUGUUACCUGCGGAGGACUUUGCCCUGGGAUGAAUACGGUGAUCAGGGAGCUGGUGGUUGGGUUGUGGGAGCUAUAUGGGGUGCGUCAGAUAUAUGGGGUGGUUUCUGGGUACAGAGGGUUUUAUUCAAGAGAACCGAUUGAGCUGAAUCCGAAGCUUGUCCAUCACUGGCAUAAGAGAGGUGGAACAGCUCUGCAGACCUCCAGGGGUGGCUUUGAUCUCAAUAAGAUUGUUGAUGCUAUUCAAAAUCGGGGAUUUAAUCAGGUCUACAUCAUUGGCGGGGAUGGAACAAUGCGUGGGGCAGUAAAGAUAUUUGAUGAAAUUCGUCGCCGGAAACUGAACAUUGGAGUUGCUGGAAUUCCCAAAACUGUCGACAAUGAUGUAGGCAUUAUUGACAGAUCCUUUGGAUUCCAGACAGCUGUGGAGAUGGCUCAACAAGCAAUCAAUGCAGCUCAUGUUGAGGCCGAGAGUGCAGUAAAUGGGAUCGGCCUAGUGAAGCUAAUGGGUCGAAGCACAGGCCACAUAGCACUCCAUGCGACUCUGAGCAGCCGUGAUGUCGACUGCUGUUUAAUUCCUGAAACAGAAUUUUACUUGGAAGGAAAAGGAGGGCUGUUUGAAUAUCUCGAAAAGCGUCUCAAAGAAAACGGCCAUGCAGUGCUGGUCGUUGCCGAGGGGGCAGGACAGGAUAUAAUCCCAAGAACUGAAGCCCAGAAACAAGAGAGGGAUGAAUCAGGUAAUCCAGUUUUCUUAGAUGUUGGUCUAUGGUUGAAAUCAGAGCUCAAGAACUGGUGGUCUCGAGACCACCCGAAUGAUUUAUUCACGGUGAAGUAUAUCGAUCCGACGUACAUGAUCCGUGCAAUCCCUGCAAAUGCCACAGACAGUCUGUAUUGUACACUCCUUGCACAUUCAGCUAUUCAUGGGGUUAUGGCAGGAUACACUGGAUUUGUCUGUGGACCUAUUAAUGGCAACUAUGCAUAUAUUCCACUGAAAGAAGUUGCAGAGGCUAAGAAUGAAGUCAAUGUGAAGGAUCAUAAAUGGGCAUGGGUGAGAUCUGUCACUAACCAGCCUGACUUUAUUAGGAAAUGAUGAUUCAGGUAUUACAAGUAUUCAAACUGAGCAUUUCCCAUUAGUGUUUGGAAUUUUGUUUAACUAUGGUGGGUUAGUGAAGUUCAAUAAGUUUUAUCACACUGAUCAUCAAGAACAGGCGUGAGAUGCCAAUUAGCGAAGGGAUCCUUGGUUCUUAUGA